AUACCUGUAUAAAUAGUAGCUCGACUAGGAUAAAAAUUAUUAGUACGUCCUUGCAUAUCUAGUACAUUACAUACUUUCAUCCAUUUCCGAAAAUGAAAGCUCGUUCGUUGAUUUUUUUGAUAGCAUUUUAUUGCCUAAAGGCUGAAAAUGUUUCGUCUUCAAAUCCACACGUAAAUGACAAAAUUGAGGAAAGGAUCAUCGAUGUGAUAACUCAUUUUUCAUCAAGUUAUCGAAAGUACAUGGAAAUCAAUCUUUCACUCAUGCAAUCCAGCGAUCCGAAAGAUCUUCCAAACAUCAAAUUAGACCCGACGAAUUUCACACUUCACACAUCUUACACAAUCACACCUAAAUACAAUUUUCAAAACGAGAUAUUGGAUUCAACACUGAUAAGAUGUGAUUCAUCAAAACAGACUAAAAUCGAUGUAAAAUUGAAGGACGAUAUAGAAAUUACAGCGAAUGUAAAAAUAACAAAUGCUACGAAUUCUUCAUCACAAGGAAGCAAUUCAGUAUCGGAUACCCUAGGCGAAGGGACGAUAACUCUUACCCUACGAGAUAAUUAUUUUUCAAAACAAUUUUCCAUCCGUAACGAUGAUUCGAGAAGUACAGCAUACGAUGUGUCAUCAAAAAUGGUGUCUGGUAAAACAGAGGUUUUUCUCGAUAUCCAAAAUGAGAAAUUUCGACAAUUGGUUCACACGAAAUCAGAGACCUUAUUCGAUCAAGUGAAAUCACCCAUGAAUAAAAUUUUAUCGAAUACGUUAAAAAGAAAACUAAACGAAGAAGGUAUUUCUAUACCAGAAAUCUGCUCAAAGGUUUCGAACCAGAAUGAGAUUUCGAAAAAAUUAAAUGAUCUCGAAUACAUCGUACAGAAUGUGAAAUUUGAUUUCGACGGAGUUCCUUCAAAAGAUGGGUUUAUUUCAAUGUACGGUUUAUCCUCCAUCAAUAAUACCGAAUUCACAGUGACAAAUAAAAUGGGCGGAAUGGUCAACCUAACAAUAAAACUAGAAACUAAAAAUCUGGAAGGUAAAGUCAACUGGAAUUUAAAAAACGCACCAGCGUCGAUUUUCGUCAUUGAUUUCAUUCGGUUCGAAGUACAAGAAAAAGUAAAUGAUCCUUGUGAUCAAUAUUCCAAUGAUUGGGAUCAUUUUUCAAUGAUUGAUGAACAAAAUAAUAAAGUAAAGGUGCACGUAGGAAAUCUUCGAUUUAAUUCAACGACAAAUUCGAAUGCUCUUAACGCACAUUUGAAAACUGUUAUCGCAGAUAAAUUGAAGAAAUCAUUGGCUAAAAAAGUACAAAUUAGUUGUAGAGCUAAUUUCUGAUUUGUGUUUCCCAAUGUUGAGUACUUUUUUUGUUUAGAUAAAUAAUCCAUACCCUAUUAAACUUAAAGGCGUAAAAUAAUCGAUACCCAAUCUUCAAAUAGGUAUCUACCUACUUAUUUCUAUUUAUGCUUCCAUUACACCAUUUUCAAUCAAUUAUAUUCGUUAAUUUAUUAAAUAAAAUUAUAAAUAACUGUAAAACGUAAUUAAAUUAAUAAACGUUAAGAAAUGUU